GUGUGUUUUGACCGCAGCAAAAAUGCAUUUGCGUUUAUAUUUUUUAUGUUUUCUAAUCCUGCAUCUUUACCCUGGAGGUAUUUCUCCACUCUGCGAUAAUGAAAAUCAGAAUAUGCAUAUUAUUGCAUAUAUAGGAGACUCAGCAUUGCUGCCUUGUUCCUGUGGUGGCCUUUCAAGCGGACCUCAGAAAUUCAGAUGGUAUAAAAGAAACGGACUAUGGAAGACAGAAGAAGUAGAUGACAAUUACAGAAGAAGAAGACAAAUUCAGCUGUUUAAUGUUCACUCUUCAGGAAAUUUCUCUCUUUUCAUACCACAUCUGACUGAAGAGGAUGAGGGAAUGUACAUCUGCAGCUACUACGUAUCUGACAUGGUGUCACCUAGAUCUGAUGUAAAAGUAACUGUCCAGACAAAAAUCAUAACCACAAACGCCCCAACCACUUCAAACAUUGGACAAGCAGGUACUGACUCACACCCAAGCCAGUCUGUGACAUACUUCCCUUUGGCUGUUGUGGCCACUCUCAUAUUCCACAUUGUGGUUGCUUUCGUGUUUCUCUUCAAGAAACCCAAAGUGCCAGUUCCAGCCAAUGCUCACUACAGUACUGCUGAUCCAGAAGAAACAGUGAGUGUGCAGUAGAGAAGAAGGCCAACAGACACCAAUAGACCACCUUCCGAUGUAGACAUUUGUUUGGUAGACAUGUUUUGAUCUACACAUCUUAUCCACAUAGUAGACAAACUGAUCACGGUAGCUUGUCAGUGGUUCACCAAAUUGUAGCUUGAAUAUGCAUGGAAUUGUAUACUUAUAUCACCUGUUGUUGCUGACCUUUGCCCUGUUUUAGCGUUUCUAGCUUGCAUCACAAAAGUGCAUUAAAUGUAGUUUAUAACGAUAAAUGUAAACCA